ACGACGAAAGUGGCGAGGGCGGCACUCGGGGCAAGUUCCCCGACUAUGCCAAUCGGAAGGUAGGUCGCAGGUAAUUUGCGCCUUCUGUCUGCGUCGCUUCUGGUCGACGGAGGAUCUGAGGCGGCACAUGCGCACCCACUCGGGCGAGCGGCCCUUCCAGUGCGAGGUGUGCCGGCGCCGGUUCACGCUCAAGCACAGCAUGUUGCGCCACCAGCGCAAGCACAAGUGUUCGACGGGUGGCGCGCAGCGGCGAACCGGUUCCGAGGACGGCAGCGACGACGAGUCGGAAGCGCCGCCGGUUGCCGUGACGCGAUCAUCGAAAAUGUCCCGGCUGGGGCCCAACUCGGCGGACCUGAUUGGGAACCUGCUCGGCAUCAGCGACCAGGGCAUCCUGAACCGGGUGCUGCUCGGGUCGGCCUCCGAAGCGGCCAAACUGCUCGGCGUGGAGAAGUGAGCUGGGAAGGUGGGUGGAAGGAAGCAGCGAAUCUAGUCAAAAACCCCGUAAGUUUUAUCCUCACGAGCAACGAUUUUAGCCAGAUUUCCAAGUUUGAAAAAAGCG